UAGAACUGAGUAAAUUAACGAUGUACUCGUUCUACUACGAAACUCUGCUGAGCAAGCUCACUUGUCCGGUGAUUACCUGCUACUUUGACACGGAUUCUCUGAUCCUCGGCCUAUUCUGCAAGGAUUACGAAGAUCAGUUACGUGUGAUCGCCGACGACCAUUUAGACUUGUCUUCCUUCGAUCGGGGUCAUCCACUGUACAGCGAGAGGAAUCGUGGUAGGCUUGGUGCAUUCAAAAGUGAAACCGGUAGCAUACCCAUAGAGGAAGUAAUAUGCUUGAAAGCCAAAAUGUACUCCAUCAAACUAGCUGGGGGAAAACAAAUUGCAAGAGCUAAAGGGGUCAAAAAGAACAUUGUGCGCAAACACCUCCUCCAUGAUACGUACCACGAUACCCUGUUCAAGCACACUAGCGUAUCGCACGAACAGGUGUCAAUAGUGGGAAAGAAACAGUGCAUGUACACCAUCAGAAAUGUGAAAAGAAGUCUGAUGGCGUACGACGACAAACGAUACCUCUACAAUGACAUCGACUCCUACCCAUACGGAAGCUGCGAAUAUGAUAAUGCAGAGGAUGAGAAGGAGUAGCGUCAGUUGGACCAGUGGAAGGAUAUGGUAGCUCGUUCUCUUCUCGC